AUGUGUUUUUGGAUGGUCGCGACCAGCAGGUUGAGAACCGCUGUCUGUACCUUGGAGGGUCGCCACACCACUUGGUUUCUUUCCAUCUCUCCAUCAGGCACAGAGGGACCCUCCGACACAGACGGGAGCCUGCACCUCACCUCCAGAGCCUGGAAGGUGCAGUGGGUGUCCGCGCAGGCGCGCCCCUCGCGGCGGCGCGCUCCAGGCGGAAGUGAAGUCCGAGGCCCGGCUGCGCAGCUUGGGCGGGGAGUGCGGGCUGUGGGAGGCAGGUCAGGCGGAGGCGGCGGGGUCGGCGGAGACGGAGCUUCAAAGUUCAACCCACGCAAAGAAGCAAGCCUCGCGGUGUUUGCCCCUUGCGGAGCCCCUUCGCCAAGCCGGUCCUCCAGACCCAGGACGCCACCAAAGCGCGUUCUCAAAGUCAUGAAUCCUGUUUAUAGUCCUAGUUCUUCUGGGGUUCCCUAUACAAAUGCCAAAGGAAUUGGUUAUCCAGGUUACACUCCUGGCACACCUUAUAAAGUGUCCUGUUCCCCCACCAGCGGGGCGGUGCCACCAUAUUCCUCCUCCCCCAACCCAUACCAGACUGCUGUAUACCCUGUGCGAAGUGCCUACCCCCAGCAAAGCCCAUAUGCACAGCAAGGCACAUUCUACACACAGCACCUGUAUGCAGCACCCCCUCACGUCAUCCACCACACCACAGUGGUGCAGCCCAACGGCAUGCCGGCGACAAUGUACCCUGCUCCCAUCCCUCCUCCAAGAGGCAACGGGGUCACCAUGGGUAUGGUGGCUGGGACCACUAUGGCCAUGUCGGCAGGUACCCUGCUUACUGCCCACUCCCCAACUCCUGUCGCCCCCCACCCAAUCACUGUGCCCACCUAUCGGGGUCCAGGAACGCCCGCCUACAGCUACGUGCCCCCUCAGUGGUGAUCACCUGCAAAUGUUUGAGGAUGGAGCUGUGCAGUCACAUCCUGGAUAUUCCACAGCUGGUGCUGCAGGCCUUGUGCCUCCAACCAGGACUUUCUCUUCUUAAUGCUCUCAACACUUAGCUAAAUACUACUAUGGUCCAGUCUUGCAGAUCUCAGCACCAUUAGUCUCCAACUAACUAUGGGUUGGUCUUAAAGCAAGUCAUGUUUUGGGGCUGCCUGGCAAUUUUUUUUCAGCUAACUGUAAUGAUGAAAAGGGAGUAUUAAUGUAUUCUGAAAUCAUAUCUAGUUGAAUGCAUGUUUAAAAAAACAAACACACAAACAAAGCUUGCUCAAACUACCUGCAGUGAUUGAUGCAAAACCAUCAUAUGCAAAAUCCAAAGGAAUGGAAAAUAUUUUGUAAUUUGUAUCACUAAUGCAGUGUUGUAAUGUAUGCAGAGUCUUAAAGAUGUGUUAAAGUGAAUUUCUUCAUAGAGCAUCUGAAAUCUCUUAAGUGAUUCUUCAUCCUUUGGGGUAGAUGUAGGUUGCCAGUUGGAAAAAUGGAAUUUUAGUUUUUAGCCAUCAGUUUAUUUCAUACUGAUUGCACUGGGAGAGAGUUGUAGGGUCUGGGAGAGUAUAGGGUGGGCCACAGCUACUUGGGGUAACCAGGUUAAUGGGCAUCACUAUCUUUUCAUUUAGGCUUGCGGGAUCAGUUUGAUGUAGACAUUCUUAAAAGAUUAUCAUGAGAUACUAGAGUUGUAUGGCCAGUACAUUUACGGGCAAUUUGCAGUUUGUCCAUCAGCAAACCAGUUUUCUCUGGAUUGCUAUGUGAAUUACCAUUACAAAGCUCUUUACAGAUAGAGAUGCUGUUUUCUAUAUCUUUAUUGGAAAAGCCCUAUGUAGAAUUAAGUUAUUUUCCUAGGAUGGAAGAUAAGUGAAAUAAACAGAAAAACUUGGAAGAGGUAUUGUUCUCUUCUUGAUUUAGUUUAGAAAAUCACUUCCCCUUUUUUUUCUUUGCUGAGAAAUAUUUGUGUUAGCUGAAAAUAUAUGUAGGCAUUGCUAUUCUUUCCCCCACAAAGAAGGUUAAGAUUUCAGCUGUGUGUUCUGAAGAAAGUUGUAUAUUUAAGAACUAUUAAAAAGGGAACAAAACUUUAUUUGAAAUUGGGUGAGGCUGCCACUAUGUUUAGGCCUAUCCACUUGAUGGAGACUUAAUCCUCUGAGACCAUCUGGAAACAGGUGUGGGGAGGUCUGAUGUCCAUUGUCUGUGAGCCUCUUUUGCCAUCUCUUCUGGCAACUGAGAGCACUUAGCACAAAGCAGGUAUAGACAACAAAGGGUCAGGCAGCAUCAAAAUUCAUUUACCUGCCAAGGAUUAUUAUGGAAUGGACUUUGUGGUUAAAAUAUGAAUAUUGUAUAUAAGAAAUUGAGGAAUUUUUUUUUUUUUUGAAA